UUUCCUGAAGGAAGAGGAAGGUUUGCUGCGAGCUCAGCGACGCUUCCCUCGCACGGAGCUGCGCCCUGCCCUUCGCCAUGCCGGCUUACCAUUCAACUUUAAUGGACUCAGAUACCAAGCUAGUGGGUAACAUGGCACUGUUACCCAUCAGAAGCCAGUUCAAAGGCCCAGCACCUCGAGAAACUAAAGAUACAGAUAUUAUAGAUGAAGCCAUCUACUACUUCAAAGCUAAUGUUUUCUUCAAAAAUUAUGAAAUUAAGAAUGAGGCUGACAGAACGCUGAUCUACAUAACUCUCUACAUUUCUGAGUGCUUGAAAAAGCUGCAGAAGUGCAACUCCAAAGGCCAAGGAGAAAAAGAGAUGUACACACUGGGAAUCACUAAUUUCCCAAUCCCUGGGGAGCCUGGUUUUCCACUUAACGCCAUUUAUGCCAAACCUACCAACAAGCAAGAGGAAGAGGUGAUGAGAGCAUACUUGCAGCAGCUCAGGCAAGAAACUGGUCUUCGACUCUGUGAAAAAGUAUUUGAUCCUCAGAGUGACAAGCCUAGUAAGUGGUGGAUCUGCUUUGUGAAGAGACAGUUCAUGAACAAGAGCCUGUCUGGACCUGGGCAGUGAACAGGCAGAGCAGCAACAUGAAGUAUUUCAACAGCAAGCUGUAUGAAAUAUUUUGCCUUUGUUUUGGAUACAUUUUGUACCAAGGAAAAAAGAAAGUGUUUAUGAAGAAAAAAGUCAACGAGGGAAGAGGGAUGUAAAGUAAAAACAUCAUUUGAGUACUGUAAGCAAGUAUUAUUAAGCUGGUGCUUAAUAAAUGAUUCCUAACAUGC